UCCCACGCGUUAUCUGAAGCAGGUUUUCUUAUUUCCUUUGCCUGCCUCGAGUGUGAAAUCCUCCAAAAACUUCAAACGGGCAAGGGACACACACAUAAAGCUAGAGAAGGCCAUUGGCGUCGAGCAUAUGUAUGGCCCUGGAUUAGUGGCCUUAGACCCUUCGUUUUCUGCAGGACCGUGACAGGCACGCCUUGACAUUAGGCUGCAUAGCUACCUCCUCUCCUCCCUUCUCGGCUCCUCCCAUCUUCUCCACCAAACCCCAAGAUCUAGAGAGCAAGUACGCACAUAUAUAUAUUAGGGAUCUGUCGGUGAUCAAGAUCUAUGAGGCUGCGGACUUGUGCCAUGGAAGGUGAGGCAGUCGGCUCGCCUUUCUUCCACUGGCUCAAGCCGCGGUGCUCUUCCCCUUCGUCGUCGCGGUCGUCGUCUGACUCGUCGUCAUCGACCUCGAUGGCGUCCAGGCGUCACGAAGAAGUACUUGGGGAAGAGGGAGAAGGUGGCGGAGAGCACGAAGUGAGCAGUAUGACGUGUCUGCCGCUGCUCAUCAGGCUCGAGGAGGGGGAAAGGCCCCAUGAUCUCGAGCAGUACCCUGUCAAAGAAGAGAUCAUGAGUGGUACGACCGGCGGUAUACCGGAGUCUGGAGUGGAUUUGAAUAUUGGCUUGCCGGUUGGUGGAUCCUGCAUUGAGGAUGCUGCUAUGGAAGACGAGGACGAUUACGUGGAGGACGACGACGAGGAAGAGAGUGAGAAGCGGAAGCAUAUGCGUGGUGGCUGCAAGGUGGAGGGGGAGGAGCAGGAGCAUGGCGAGGUGGUGGCGUCGGUGGAAGGAUCAAACAACACCGGCGUGGGAGAAUUUGGCGUGGUGGGUGCGGAGAGUGGCAUGCCGAUGGGCUGCCGGUACUGGAUCCCGACGCCGGCGCAGAUCCUCAUCGGCCCGGUGCAAUUUAUCUGCCAUGUCUGUAACAAGACCUUCAACAGAUAUAACAACAUGCAGAUGCACAUGUGGGGCCACGGGCGCGAGUACCGGAAGGGCCCGGGGUCGCUCAAGGGCACGCAUACGCUGGCGAUGCUGAAGCUGCCGUGCUACUGCUGCGCGGCGGGGUGCAAGAACAACAUCGCUCACCCGCGCGCGCGGCCGCUCAAGGACUUCCGCACCCUGCAGACGCACUACAAGCGCAAGCACGGCGCCAAGCCCUUCCGCUGCCGCCACUGCACCAUGCCCUUCGCCGUCAAGGGCGACUGGCGCACGCACGAGAAGAACUGCGGCAAGCGCUGGUUCUGCGCCUGCGGUUCCGACUACAAGCACAAGCGCUCCCUCAGCGACCACGUCCGCUCCUUCGGCGCCGACCACUGCCCCGUCGACGAGGCGCCCGCCGCCAGCAAGGACCGCAUCAUACGCUUCCAACGGUGAGGUCGAGUCACCUGCAGGUUCGUACGUACGCCGGUUCGUACAUGCGUGCCAUGAAACCGGCCCAUGCGAGUGUCCAAGUUGAUCAAGCUCUAGUACGUAGAUAUAUCAGUAACCAAGAAUGCUUAUAUAUCCAUGCAGGGGAUCGAUUUAAGAUGAAACAUGCAAAUAAAGCAAUAGCUAGCGCAAUAAGAUGGCUCGUGCCAAAUUAAGCUGUGAAGAAGCAGAAUUUUCUCCUGCUGGCCGAGGCAUGAGCUGCAGGCAGUGUUAAGGCGCUGUCUACGUAGAUCUGUAAUGAAGAAAAUUUUCCAGCUUCACAGGCUAAUUAGAUUGGCAGUUCGGAAUCUAAUAUGCAUUUUUACGAGACAAGCAAUAUCGAGGGCUGAUCAAUGGUUAAGUGGAAUAUAUUGAUCGAUCAGAUACCGUGUUAUCUAUGAAAAUCUGUCUUUUGAGCAAUUUCGCCGUGAAUGUUGUUUACAGAAAAUUGAGUUUGUAUUUUAAUAAUAAUCAGGAUGAGGAAUUAGUAGUAUGUACGCAGUUUUGGGGGGAGUAUUUCAGCCUUUUUAUUUAUUGAA